AUUCACAAUUAGGUACACAGCCAGUGUAGCCAGAUCGGGCAUAAUUGAGUGCAUCGAAAUCAAUAAUAGUGACUACGAACUUCCUUAGCGUAUAACAAAGUGAAGGUAACAACAUAGCCAGUACAUAUUAUGGAUUACGGGCAUCAAAAUUAGUGACGGAGUAGACCCCGAUGACUGGGUAAAUAUGGAUGUAAAGCAGUAAUAAUGCAUCUGAAAGGUUGGCGAUUUGUUGCAUUUGUAGGAUGUUUUGUAGGAUUUAUAGGAAUACAUUCCUAUUUCACAAUAAUAAGUCCUCUGAUUAAUCCAGAACCAUAUCAAUUAAUACAACAACAAGUAAAACAGAGGAAUCCAGAAAAAUAAUUAUAGAUUUCAGAGAAAAAAUAUUUAAAAAGAAAGUAAUAUUAGUAGGAAAAGAAGGCUGCUAAGAAGACAUUUAUG